AUGCCGCAUGCGCACUCGAGCUCGGCUGCGUCCUCGGGCGGUGACGAUCUGGGCUCCACUGAUGAGGUCAAGGUGUUCAAGGACGAGGGGGACGGAGAGGACGAGAAGAGGAGUUCGGAGAAUCUGCUGGAAGAGAAGUCCAGUCUUAUCGAUUGGACAGAGAGUGAGGUAAGCCUUUUCCUCAUACAUCAAAAAUUUCGAAAUUUGAGUCCAUAUCAUUUAUCUGAACCGUCAGAUAUAUUGAAGUUACUCCUUUAA